CCAAGACUGACAGGGAGGAGAAGGGUCUGCCUCGUUUUUCCCCCCAUAAGAUUUAGUUUUAUCGAACUGUUCGCUGGCGAUCACAACCGAACCUGGAUUUUAACGAUGAGGAGAAGUGAGGUGCUCGCAGCAGAGGCCGUGUCCUGCUUGAAUAAAGCCUUGUGCCACCUGAAGGACAUUUGGGAGGAGAUCGGCAUACCAGAGGACCAGCGACUCCAGAGAACCAAUGUUGUCAAAAGCCACAUUAAGAACUUAUUAGAAAUGAUGAUCCAAGAAGAGGAGACAUUAAAAAAGAAGCUCAUCAGCAGUAUUCAGUCCUGCUGUGAAAAAAUGGAAAAACUAUGCGUGGAACUUCAGGUCCCCGUGUUUGAGGAGGAGGCAGGGAUUAGUAUGUUACAGAAGGAGAAGAACAUCCGCACACAGGUAGACUUUCUGACGACGGAGAGGGCCCAUCGGAUGCAGCAGCUGAAGGAUCUGCUGGAGCAGGACCGCGAGCUGUGCGACAUCCUGUGCUCUCUGCCAUAUGGCAUCGUUCCUGACAGCGUCCCGUCACUGGAACAGCUGAAAGACUUCCAACAGCACAUCUCCAACCAGAACGCAGAGAAGGAGAGGCGACACGCUGAGUUCAAGGAUCUCAAGCAGCAGAUCAUCCUGCACAUGGAGGAGCUGGACCACACCCCUGACACUACGUUUGAGAAGGAUGUCGUCUGCGAGGAUGAGGACAACUUUUGCCUUUCCAGGGACAACAUCACGGCACUCAAACUGCUGCUCUGUCAGCUGGAGGAGCGCAAAGCUGAGAAUGAGGCGGCGUGUGAGACUCACAGAGAGAAGAUCCAGCAGCUGUGGGAUCGCCUGCAGGUCCCGGAGGAGGAGCGACAGGCCUUCGACGAACACAUGGUCUCAUCCAAGAAGAGGAACUUGCAAGCGUUACAAUCAGAAGUUCACCGUCUGGAGGAACUCAAACUACAAAACAUUUGCAACGUUACAGACGCCAUCCGCUCCGAAAUUACUGUGAUGUGGGAAAAGUGCUUCUUCAGCAUUGACCAGCGGCACGCGUUUGCACCGUAUUUUAGUGAGGACUUCACAGAAGAACUGUUAAGUCUGCAUGACGCUGAGAUCCUGCGCUUGAAUCAGCAUUUUGAAGAUCACAAAGUACUUUUUGAAGGUGUUCACAGAUGGGAAGAGAGCUGGAGACUCUUUCAGGAGCUGGAGAAAAAAGCAACAGAUCCAGCGAGGUUCACUAACAGAGGGGGGAAUCUUCUCAAGGAGGAGAAACAGAGAUCUGAGCUGCAAAGGAGUCUUCCGAAGCUUGAGAGCAAAUUAAAAGCCGAAAUCGACGCGUGGGAAAACGAGCAGGGUCGAGAAUUCCUGGUGAACAACAUGAAGUUCCUGCAGUAUGUGGAGGAGCAGUGGGAGCUGCACCGGCAGGAGAAAGAGAGGGAGAAACAAGAAAGGCACCUUAAGAAGAGCAAGCAGACUGAGGAGGACAUGCUGUAUGGAACGACUGUACGAACGCCGACCAAGCGCAGGUUCCUGGGCACCAACACGCCAAACAAGUCACGAAAGUUUAAUGCGACUUCCAGCAUUUCCAGUGGCAACUCAAACAGCACAAUGCGCUCCGUGUACGGUGGGACUUUGUGUCGUUCGCCCAUGCCCCGCGCUCCGCUCUCAGCAAAUAAGGUUCCAGCAGUGCGCACGCCGGGUGGCAGCAAACCGCCCCACCCACGAUGGCGGGACUGCAACAAGGAGAACGCAGCCCAGGUGAAGGGUUCGCCUCUGAGUGGUGCGUUGCUGACCCCCGCUAGUCCACAGCGUAACUUCAGCAUGGCCUCUGUUGCCAGCACAUAUUCAGAGUUUGUGAGGGACUUGGUCAGCACUGAAUCUAUUCAGUCAAGCGAGACCUGUCAAAGGCCUCUAACGCCAAGAUCCAGCACGACAUCCUGAACUCCACCACCACCAACCUUUGACCUGUGCUUUAUCUCAGAAACAUGGUCAUCCCACCAAUGAAGCCGCGCUCUCCUUCAGAACGUAUCACUACUGUCCACUGCUAUUUGCUAUUUUAUGUAAAUGAAGGCAAUAAUAUAUUAAGUGUUAUUUCAGCGAGAGACAUGGAGUCUGUUGUUGCGCUUUAACGUGUUACCCUCCGUGAGAAUGUUGCUGUAAAAGAGAGAACAAUGUGUUUGUGUCGUAUAUUAAAGCAACACUACUUUUGACUCUAAACUGCCAAUUACUCAGAUGCCAUAAACAUUGUGUAACUGGUCUUCAUCUUGUUUGUAGAAAGCUUGAUCUUUCUUAAAUUAUGCAAUCUGGGGUAACAAACCAAAUGCAACUAACGUAGUGCACUUUUGAAUAUAUUCUUAUCUAUAUUGCAGCACAUGUUUUUGUAUUAUGGAGACGUGAGUUUUCAUAUUGAAAUGUUUUUUUAGUUCUAUGCUGUUCGUCCAAACAGAUGUUAGUAGAAAUGUCACAUAUUGGUGCUGCCUUAUAGUUCAUAUAUGCAUUGGACUGACAUUCUUUCAAUGUCAUAGGAAACACAAAAUCUUUUCAAACUACAAUA